AUGUGUGAUACCAACACCGGAAUUUGUCGCCCAUUCCGAAACAUCGACAACGUUGAUACUCAAAUUCCUUGUGGCACUUGUUCUGCAGGAACAAUGUGUGACAGCAAUACUGGUAUUUGUCGACCUUUUCGCAUUCCUGGUACCACGGUUAGUAAUCUAUUCUAUCCAUAUUCAUAUCGACAAACCUAUGUGAAUGAGAUUGACAUACCAUUGAAGCCUAGUCCGAAUCUCUGCUACGGAGUUGCAUGUCCUGUUGGUUUUCAGUGUGAUGAUAAUAACGGUAUCUGUAGAAAAUUCAGGUAAGU